GGAGCUCUUUAAAAUGGAUUUCAGCUUUCCUUUUACUCUGCAGUGCUUGCUGGUGAUAAUAACGGUUACUCAUGGCUCUAUCUCCCGGACCAGAGUGCUCAGUGGAGACUCAGCAGUCUUUCCUCUGGGAAUUCAGAGUCUGCAGACCUCCCUCGGAAUGAUCAAGAGGAAUGUGACAUGCUUGACAGCUGUCUUAAAUGAUACUUUGUUGGCUAAGUGUGGCACUUCUGCCAGAAGAUGCCUGAACUUGCAGAAUGGCUCUCUAGUGCUGAGGAACGUGGAGAAAGAGGAUGAAGGAAAAUACGAGUUUGUUUUUCAGAACACCACCAGAUUUUUUACACUGGAAGUAUUUGAGCUGGCCAUUGGUAUCCAGUGCUUCCCCAAUGGGACCGCAGAGUUGUCCUGUGACGUGACCAGCAACACGAGCACCAACUUUCGGUGGCUGCUGAAUGGCACUGUGCUGAGUGCCCCUGAAUCUUGCAUUAAGGAUGGUGGAAAGAAGGUUCGCCUGGACAAAACUGUGCCUGGAGAAUUUGUAUGUGAGGUGUACCAUGUGACCAACAUCCUGAGGACAAGGCCUGUUGUGCUGUCUUGCAGCUAUGGAGACCUGCUGCAGUACCCGUGGUUCAUUUACAUCCUGGUGGGAUGCGCUGGGGGUGCGGUUAUCCUGGUGGUGGUUGUCUCCUCAAUCAUAUGUUGCUGCAUGAAGAGGAAAGACAAGUUCAUCCCAGUGCCUUCAGAGGAGGAGAAGGAUGAUGGACUAACAAUGUCCGUGGUCUCCAGUGAAGGUGUGAAGAGCCCCCCUAAUGGAGACCAUGUCGAGGCUCAAGCUGCCCAAAUCGACUGCCCUUCAAAGCCUGAUGCUGCCCAGACUGGUCAAGGCAUUGAGACCCUGCCUCCCAUGGAAGAAAAUUUACCAGUGGAGAUAGAGCCUGAGGAGAUGCCAGACCCAGAGGUCAUAGUUGAUGUGGAAAGCCAGGAGAAUGCCUCGGACUCUUUCCCGGGUCCAACUGAUGACUGAUCUGUCAUGCUUGCUGUUGCACUUUCUCUUGAAACCCAUGACAAGCAUUAUUUGCACCCCAUAGUCUCAUUCUGUGUAAGAAUUGGUCCAGAAAAUUUUAGCAGGAGGAAGACGUGAGGUGUCAAGCCUGCUAACCUCAUUAAAAAAAAAAAAAAAAGGAAAAGAAAAUAUAAGAAAAAGCACAUGUGUGACUUCAAGGCCACGCUGCCAUAGGCUGACAGGUUCACUAACAAACAAAACUGGACAGCUCUUUGAUGGUUUGCCUGUUAAUAGACCUGCAGUUAACCUGUGGAGCCCUAGAGGACAGCCUGAAAUGAGACAGACGGUUCCUCCUGCUCCCUGCCUACCCCACGCUUUGCCAUGUCUUCACCAGUCAGUGGUUCCUGCAGGGGGUGGGCAUGACAGGUGGACUGAGGUGGCCUGCGAGUCCCAGAUGGAAACAAGGACCUGACAGGAAUUUCCUGAGAAAGCCUCUUCUCAGGAGAUUUCAAGGCAUUUUUCACAGGCCCUGCAAAAAAAAAGCUCGAUGGAAGUUUCAGCUAGGUAUCUGCUGUGGCAGAUGUUUAUCUGAAUUGCUCCUCUGAGCUCCAGACCCUUUGUGAUUUGUCCCUCACCGCUUGCUGCGUGGGGCCAGGAGUAGUGGUAGGGGCUGCUGCGUGGAGACCCGGGAGGUGAUGCUGGCUUGCUCGCCUUUUGAUGCCCUGUAAUGGCAGGGGGCUACCAGUUACCUCCUGCCAGAACCUAACUGCUCGUGUUGCCAGUGAGUUAAAACAGCUCUGUCACUAGCUUGCUUGCUUGCAGCAGAAGGGUGCUUGGGGCUUGGGUGUGUAAUUUUGGCAGAAACGUUGAUUAUAAUGCCGUGAUCAUUCAUCAGUGCAAGCAUUAGUGCCUUUAGUGUAAUGGUUUAGCUACUGCAAGCUGGUGAAGCUGGCCAUCUGCCUGUGCGUGUAGGCUUCUUCAGUGCUGUGUUAUUUGCAUAGGCAGCAGCAAUUUAUGGGAUCUCUUAGGCAAGUCUUGCUGCUACACAAGUCCUGUUCUGCUCAGGGGAGGUUUGCCAGUGGAUGAGCUGGGGUAGACCUGCAGGGAAGAAGGACAAGGUGAGGGGAGGGCAAGGACUUGGUCUCAGGCAGCAGGUAGCCGAGCCCCUGACAAAGCUGCCAGGGGCUGCUGAGCUGUCAGGCCAUGGGGAGUGCUGCAGGAUGCACUGCCCAAGCAAGGUAUUUGCUGUGUAAGUGCAUUUCGAUGGUCAGAAGUGAGGCAUGUUGGUGUUAAACUAGCCCGAAGGGCUAGAAAGUAAUGGUAGAGUAAAAGCAGAGAUGGUACAGAUCGGGGUCGAAAGGGAUGGCGAUGCGAGUACUGCAUUCCUCUCUUCCCUUGUCAUUUUGUCUCUGGUUUAUAUUGUGCCGUGAAUCCCUUGGAAAAGGAUUUUAGGUAUUCCUUGUGAAUGCCACCCGGUGAGGUCUGAAGAAGUACCCCGGCAAAAUCAAAACUGAGCUGAAUGCUUCUUUCCCAGGCGGGGGAGCUGGUGGGACGGCUGCAUGCUUACCUGGAAGUCCUUCAUGUCUGUGUACAUGGCAAAGCUCUGCAUCGGGGGUGCCCAGUCAUAGGUGGUUGUUCUUGUUGUUUCCUUGUCCCGUGACUCUGUUUAGAAGAUUUUUGGAUCUUGUGUGCUGUGUUGGUGGUGAUUCAGCCUGUUUCUGCUUUUUAAGGCUGCCAUAGGAAUCAGAUUUUCCACGGUAAGAGGGAGAUAAUAAUUCUUUUCCUCAUGGUGCUGCGCUAUCUCAGUACAAACAUUCCUCAAAGGCUGUGAAUAGAAUGUCAAAAAUGUGACAGUGAGCGCAUGGGGUGGCAGCUGCCUGUAGGCAGUACAAUGGCAGCGACACUGGGUGAACAGGGGCCAGGGACACUGCAAUGGGGGGACGUCGUCAGCUUUGCUUCUCUUCUGCACUUUCUGUCAGGGGCAGGCAGGGGACAGUCGACUCCAGUACAUGCUUCGAAGGCUGAACGAAGGUGCUCUGAGCUGCGCUGGAGAAGAUGCCAGUGUUUCGGAUGCUGAGGGUGACAGAGCUGGGCCCGCCUUGACCUGCUGGGCUGGUGUGUCCUGGCUUCAGCUUGCCCUAAGCGCUGCCUUGCUGGGGUGCCCUGGCAGCCCUUGGCACCCUCACCGGUGCAACCCCAGGCUCGGAAGGAUUUUUCCUACUGAGAUUGGAAUCUGAGAAUUGAGCCAUCUUUAGGAGGCAGAUAGGACACGGCUGGUAUUCUGUCCUUCCCUGCUGAAGAUGCUGUUCAGCAACAGGGCAAAGGUUUCUGUUACUGUGAGGUCAGGAGAGAAGUUGUGCAGCCUGUGCUUUUCCUCUAACUGUAUGUAUUCAAGCCCCACUAUUGUUCUUUUUUUUUGGUGGUGUUUUACUUUUCCCUGCAAUGAUUUUGUUCCUAUAAUAAAAAGAUCUGUUUUCUAA